CCGAAAUUCAAAGGGAGCAGAAAAGGUAAAUGACCAUAAUCACCCCAGGGAGUUAAACAGGUGUUCUUAAGCAUUAAAGCUGAAUUUACACUAAACUAAUAAGUAGAACAGUGAGUAGUUAACGGUGAGUUAUAUCCAAUUGAGUCGAAAAUGUCGUUCAAAGGUCUUAAAAAAUCCAUUGUCAGGGCCCCCCAGACAUUUCGACAAAAGAUGAAUAUGGGAGAUAUUACUUCAGAUGCUGUUUAUCAAGAUGCAGAAAGAAGAUUUAAAGAAUUAGAACUUGAAACAAAGAAAUUGAGUGAUGAAUCAACUCGGUAUUUUGCCGCAGUUAAUGGAAUGUUAGAUCAUCAAAUUGAUUUCUCUAAAGCCAUUGAAGAAAUUUAUAAACCAAUUAGUGGUAGAUUAUCUGAUCCUAAUUCAACUAUACCUGAAGAUAAUCCAGAAGGUAUACAAGCAGCAGAACAAUAUCGAGAAGUUGUUAAAGAAUUGAAAGAAACUUUAAAACCAGAUUUAGAAUUAAUUGAAAAGAGAAUUGUUAAUCCAGCUCAAGAAUUAUUAAAAGUUAUUCAAUUAAUUCGUAAAAUGGCUACUAAAAGAGAUCAUAAACAACUUGAUUUAGAUCGUCAUAGAAGAAAUUAUAAGAAAUAUGAAGAAAAGAAGGAAAGAACUGUUAAAGAUGAAGAAAAGAUGUAUAAUGCAGAAGCAGAAGUUCAAAUUGCUCAACAAGAAUUUGAUUAUUAUAAUGAUAUGUUAAAGACUGAAUUACCUAUAUUAUUUCAAAUGCAAACUGAUUUCAUUAAACCAUUAUUUAUUAGUUUUUAUUAUAUGCAAUUAAACAUAUUCUAUACUUUAUAUAAUAGAAUGGAAGAAUUAAAGAUUCCUUACUUUGAUUUAUCUACUGAUGUGGUUGAAGCUUAUCAUUUUAAGAAGGGUAAUAUUGAAGAACAAACUGAUGCUAUUACUAUCACUCAUUUUAAAGUUGGUCAUGCUAAGGCUAGAUUAGAAGCAACCAAGAGACGUCAUGCUUUAAUGAAUAGUCCACCUCCUGGUGGUGCUGCUCCUGGAAGUGACCAAUUACCUGCAUAUACAGCUGGUCAAUAUGCUACUCAAGGUGCUGGUGAUUAUAAGAGUCCUGAAGGUCCUGGUUAUCAAAGUCCGACUACUCCAGCCUAUGGUGGAUAUGGAGCUCAACAACCAGCAACUCCAACUUAUGGAGGUUAUGGAGCUGCUGCUCCAGCCUCUGCAUCUCCUGCAUCUUCUGUACCAGGAGUUGCUCCAGCGUAUCCAACCCCAGUUGCAACUGCUGAAAGUUGUACAGCCUUGUAUGAUUAUACAGCUCAAACUCAAGGUGAUUUGACAUUUCCUGCUGGAGCUCAAAUUGAGAUUGUACAAAGAACAGGGGAUGCAAAUGGAUGGUGGACUGGUAGAUAUAAUGGACAAACUGGUGUUUUUCCUGGUAAUUAUGUCCAAUUAAACUAGGAGCAUAUAUAAUAUUAAGUACAAAUUUGUAAUAGAUGUGUAAUAACUAUGAGAGU